AUGGCAGAUGUAAAAUCGGCUUUACCUGUCUAUAUUGUUGAUGAUCAUGAUAAAGUGCUACCAUUUAUUCACCGGGCCAUUGGCUCAAAGCGCCUCCCUUUUUCAGGAACCACCAUAGUUCACUUUGAUGCCCAUCCUGAUCUCUUGAUUGAAGCACACUUAAAAGCAACAGAUACAUUUAACAAAAAUCAUCUUUAUAGUUCAGUCAGCAUUGCCACAUGGUUAGUUCCCUUGUUGUAUGCUGGUCACAUCAAAACAGUCAUUUGGGUCAAGCCACCCUGGGCACAUCAAAUUCCUGAUGGUAAAUGUGAAUUCUGGGUUGGUGAGUGCAAAGAAACAGGUUAUAUCAAGUUAACAUGUACAGAAAACUACUUUCUUAGUGAAUCCCUUUAUGUUAGUGAGGAGCAGUUGAUAAACAAGAAGUUUGUAACUUUGUUCACUGUCACAGUUGAGCCACAAGAAUGGCCAACCUCCCCAACACUCAAUUCGGAUUCAGAAGAUUCUGACUGCAGUUUCAACUCUAGUUCCACAAAUCAGGAAGACCAAAAGUCAACCACAAGAAGCUGUCCAUUGUUUUUUACAGAACAGAAAACUCCUAAAAAUAUUCCUCAGCAAUUAGAUCUUAAUUCAAGUGAAAAUCAAACAACAAUCAAGAUAAAUAAGUCAUCGAGUCCAAUAAAUUUCACUCCUGAGCUCUUUGCAGAACUGGGUCCAACAAAUGACUUAAUUCUUGACAUUGAUUUGGACUUUUUUUCUACCAAAAACCCAUUCCUGGAAGUUUACACAGACAGACAGUACCAACUGCUUAAGAAACUCUAUGAAUUCACAAAACCUAAAGAUUCUUCACAUGAGGCUCUUAAAGAAUGUGUUCAAUCCAGGAGCAAGCAACUACAGAAAUUAGAACAAAUGUUCCACAUUCUUGAUAAAAAUCCUAAAGCUCCAAUUGAUCAAUCAAUUCAAAGAUGGGACAUCUUAGAAGCUCUUGUGGAAGAUUUACAGAUAUCAGCUGAUGAUGUUGACUACAUUCUAGUGCAUGAUGCUGGUUGCACUUGUGAUGAUACAGAAUUGCCACACCAUAUAAGUACAGAUGCACAAAUUGACAUUUUAAUGCAACACACUGGCACUAUUCUUUCAUGUCUUCCACAACCCACAAUUAUUACCAUAGCAAGAUCUUCAGAAGAUGAGUAUUGUCCACCGGUUCAAGUUGAUGCCAUUCAACAAUCUCUCCUCCAAAUGCUGACUGACCAUUACCCAGAUAUCAAAAUGGAAAAGAGUUAUGAAUAA